AUGGCAGCCACCACAGCCGCAGGGCAGCCCGAGAAGGUCUGGUUGGUUUCCAACGACAACGCCCUCAUCGAGGUUGAUCGGGACGUGAUUGAGCGGUCUGUCUUAAUCAAGAACUUGCUGGGCGACACCGAGGCCAAGUCCACCAAGGAGACGCCUAUUCCCAUCCCCAAUGUCAACGAGGCCGUCCUGCGCAAGGUGCUUGAGUGGUGCGAGUGGCACCGCAACGACCCCCCCCAGGCUCAGGAUGAGGAGUCUGAUGCCCGCAAGAAGAGCACCGACAUCGACGACUGGGAUCAAAAGUUCAUGCAGGUCGACCAGGAAAUGCUUUUCGAGAUCAUCCUCGCGUCCAACUACCUCGAUAUCAAGCCGCUCCUCGACGUCGGAUGCAAGACGGUUGCCAAUAUGAUCAAGGGCAAGUCUCCCGAGGAGAUCCGCAAGACGUUCAACAUCACAAACGACUUCACGCCCGAGGAAGAAGAGCAGAUUCGCCGCGAGAACGAAUGGGCCGAGGAUCGAUAG